GAGGAGAAUCAGCAGAGGAACAGCAUGCCGACAUACAGCACCAACAUGAGGCUUAAGUUCCCCAUUCUGGCCUUGAUUCUGGAAAUCAUCACCAUUGUCCUGUACGCCCUGUUUGUGGUUUACGACACCGGGGAUGACAAAGGACAUGGGGAUCAUCACGAAAAAAGCAAUCAAACCGAAAGUCCAAUGACUCUUUAUCCCAUGUUUCAGGAUGUACACGUGAUGAUCUUCAUUGGCUUUGGCUUCUUGAUGACCUUUCUGAAGAGAUAUGGCUUCACCAGUGUGGGCGUCAACCUGUUGCUGGCUGCCUUCGGCUUGCAGUGGGGUCUCCUCCUCCAGAACGUCUGGCACAUGCAUGGUGGAAAAAUUAGAGUCAGCAUUGAUAGGAUGAUUAAUGCUGACUUCAGCACAGCAACAGUUCUGAUCUCAUUCGGCGCAGUUCUGGGAAAAACCAGCCCCGUCCAGCUCCUCAUCAUGACCCUGCUGGAGAUCACCACAUUCUGCAUUAACGAAUAUUUGGUGGUGGAAAUACUUGGGGUUUCUGACGUUGGUGCCUCCAUGACCAUCCAUGCUUUUGGGGCUUACUUUGGGUUAUCGGUAGCUCGUGUUCUCUAUAGGCCUGGUCUGCGUAAUGGCCAUGACAAUGAUGGAUCAGUCUAUCACUCAGACUUGUUUGCAAUGAUCGGCACAGUCUACCUGUGGAUGUUCUGGCCUAGCUUUAAUUCUGCUAUUGCUACACCUGGCGAUCACCAGUUAAGAGCUGUUGUCAACACAUAUUUCUCCCUGGCUGCUUGUGCUCUUGCUGCCUACGCUACUUCCAGUCUGGUGGAGAAGAAAGGAAAACUUGACAUGGUUCACAUUCAGAAUGCCACACUGGCCGGAGGUGUCGCUGUGGGCACCUGCGCUGACAUGGACAUCCAGCCAUUUGGAGCCAUGCUGAUUGGAAUCACUGCGGGCAUCAUCUCCACUGUUGGCUUCAAGUUCCUCACUCCCAUACUCGCCUCUAAACUUGGCAUCCAAGACACCUGUGGUGUGCAUAACCUUCAUGGCAUGCCGGGCAUCCUGGGAGGCGUUGCUGGCAUUUUGGCAGCAGCACUGAAGAGGAAAGAAGGUGUUUCACCAACUUAUCAGGCAGCUGGGUUGGCAUCAUCUCUGGGGUUUGCUUUGGUUGGUGGGUUGAUCACAGGUCUAAUUAUGAAGAUUCCGUUUUUGGGACAGCCACCCGACCAAAACUGCUUUGAUGACUCAAUCUACUGGGAGGUACCUGAGGAGGAAGAGGAAACUGAAGAGCGUUUGACUCAUGGCGAUUAUUCCAAGAACAAAGCAGAGGCUUGAAGAUUUACAAUAAACCAGCUUUUCGAAACAAGAAACCCGGUCCAAUAACCAACUCAGGAGAAUUUCAGCCAUCAGCAUUCACACCACUUCUAAACAAUGAACACUGACAUGUGUUCAUUUUAAAAUGGGUGUUUUUUUUUUUUAAAUAUGUGUAGCUAAAAAAGAAAAACACAAACAAGUCAUGUUAUUUAACUGAGAAAUGUUGUGUAAAACCUUUCAGGAUUAGGUAUUAUAAAGCUAAAUGUAAGGAUAUUAAAAAUGUUUUAACAAAAGUUAAAGGUAUAGUUCACUCAGAAAUAAAAAUUACCUCACAAUCUACCUUCUUCUGUUAAACACCAAAAAAGAUACUUUGAAGAAUGUUGGGGGGGAAACAGCUGAAAAUA